AUGCAAGCAAUCCCGGAAGACAAUCAGAUCCCUAGUACAGCGGGAGCGAGCGCGAAGACGCAGCGCACCUAUUCAUGCCAAUGUCCGAAAUUCUGCAAGGGUGUACCUACAGAACGGCCAAAGGCGACAUUUUACAGACAUCUCAAGAUCUGGAAGGGCGGCGCAGCGUUUGCACGACUAUCCUCCUCAACGAUUCCUUCAAAGCGUCGUUUUGGGAUCGAUGAGGGCCCUGGUGAUCUCAAUGACAGCGCGAUUGAUGUUAUUGACGAGGCACACGCGCGCGACGAGCUACAGGUUCCAUCCACAUCAACCCAUACCAUUCAGGCAGAACCCUUCACAGAUCAUCCACAUCAAGAACCAUUUCAUGUGACGACAGAUGCUACCGUUCCUUCCCUCAUUGACGAGGCCCCUCACGAUGUCCCUCACAAUGCUCCCUGGACGCUUUCAGGCAAUACUGCUCCACCAUCUGAGCUUGGGCGGCCAGAGAAUCUAGCCGAUGUCCCACAACUACAACACACCUUCGCAACACUGGCUCUAGGCGAUAUAGACCAGGCUUUGCCCCCGGAAGACACCCCCUCGAAGAUCGAAGACAUCAAGAUUGCGCAGGAGUUCGUUCGGGCCCUCCAAAACGCAUCUCUGGAUGACGGAAGCCAUAGCCCAGAGGAUCUCGACAAUCUGCGUCACCCACCGGAAGAGGUGUUCAAUAUCGACGCAGAUCCUGAUCUUUGCUUCUCCAUCGAAAUCUUUCUUGCCAUCGGCAAUGCCUCACAGAAAACUUAUCAUGCAUUCCGGGAAGCUACUCUACGCCGAUUUCCCAACUGCGGUCUCUUGUCGUAUGAACAGGUGAAGCGCCGUGUGGCGCAGAUUAGUGGAAUUCAUCCCAUCAUUCACGAUAUGUGCGUCAACUCAUGCAUUGCGUACACCGGUCCUUUUCAUCUCCUCGACAAGUGUCCCAUGUGCUCCGAACCACGAUACAAUCAGAUCACACUCCAAGCCAGUGCGGGGCAGGAAAAGGUUCCUCGACAGGAGUUCUACACACUUCCCGUCGGUCCCCAACUGCAAGCGCUAUGGCGCUCCGUCGAAAUCGCCGACCUGAUGCGAUACCGCACACGAUGCUUUGAGAGUAUCGUGGAGGAGCUUAACAAACAUCCAGGUUCGCUAAUGGAGGCCUACGACGACGUCUUCCAUGGUGCUGGGUUGCUCGAUGCAUGGAGCGACAAUUUGAUGGGAGAUCAUGACGUCUGCCUUCUGUUCUCAAUUGACGGUGCCCAGUUGUAUGAAAUGAAGGCCUCGGACUGUUGGAUUUAUAUCUGGAUUGUUCUCGACCUCCCUCCCGAGCUACGCUACAAGAAGACUCACGUUUUACCAGGUGGUUUCAUUCCGGGGCCUCACAAGCCAAAGAACUUGGAUUCUUUUCUCUUUCCAGGGUUUCACCAUUUAGCAGGUGUCCAAAAGGAGGGCUUGAUAGUCUGGGAUGCUCAGAUCAAGGCAAAGUUCACGACAUCUCCUCUUUUUGCCUUCGGUACAGCAGAUACACCUGGUAUGGCAAUGUUUGAUGGCAUGGUAGGCCAUACGGGAGGCCAAGGCUGUCGUCGAUAUUGUCCAAUGAAGGGACGCCACAAGGCGGGUCAAGGCCAGUAUUAUCCUGUGUGUUUGAAACCGGACGUCUACAGCGUGGCUGGUUGCGAUCACCCCGAUGUUGAUCUACCUUUAGAAGAUUUAAUGUCAUCUCCUGCGACAACGACAAGGUACAACGACAAUCUAAACGUUGUGUGUGCCUCACCAAACCAGACGCAAUAUGAGAAGCGCCGUUUGAAGACCGGCAUAUGUAGGCCGACCCUUCUUUCUGGUUUGCCACACAACCGCGUUCCGCUCGGGAUUCCAGGAAGUUUUCCGGGAGAUUUGAUGCAUCUUGCGGCAUUGAAUCUCACCGAAGUUCUCCUUGGCCUUUGGCGCGGGACUUUGCUGUGCGAUGCGAGUGACGACAAACGUCUAUGGGAUUGGGCCGUCUUGAAGGGAGAAACAUGGAUAGCGCAUGGACGGACUGUUGCAGAUGCGACGCCGUAUCUACCUGGCUCCUUCGAUCGUCCUCCACGCAAUCCAGCUGAGAAAAUCAACAGUGGUUACAAAGCAUGGGAAUUCCUGAUGUAUGUAUUCGGGCUUGGGCCAGCACUUUUCCACAAUAUUCUUCCUGAUCAAUAUUGGCGAAACUUUUGCAAGCUUGCCUUCGGAAUCCGGGUCAUGCACCAGCAUAGUAUUUCAUCCACCCUUCUUCGUGCGGCUCAUGCGGCCCUCACGGAGUUUGCAGACGAGUACGAGCUGCUCUAUUACCAACGGAUCCCGGGACGACUUCACUUUGUGCGACAGAGCAUCCAUCAGUGUCGUCAUCUUGUGCCUGAUGCCAUCCAACUUGGGCCUCCUGCAUAUACGGCACAAUGGACAAUGGAGCGUACGAUUGGGAACUUGGGUCAAGAAAUUAAGCAGCCCUCAAACCCAUAUGCCAACCUCUCGCAGCGUGGCCUUAUCCGCGCACAAGUCAAUGCUUUGAAAGCAAUCAUCCCAGCUCUCGACACAACGUCUGCCUCCCGACUACCAUAUGCUGCAAUCGACUUGGGGAAUGGAUUUGUUCUCCUUCACGCUAAGGACUCCACCUCACGUGCUGUCCGUGUCUCCGAGGAGAAUGCUAUCAAACUCUACAUGGAUGAAAAUGCAGCUGAAAUCUCAGCAGAUUGGGAUUAUAAAGUCACUAGGUGGGCUCGGCUAAGGCUUCCCAAUGGGCAAAUAGUACGCUGUCUCUGGAAGGAGUCACUGAAGCCUCCGAAGGAGGUUAGAAGGGCACGGUGUGUCAAGCUCCAUCUUGGAACGCAGUAUCGUUUUGGUGAAGUACACUACUUCUUCCGUAUGGUUGUGAAUGAGACGAGGCAUGCCCUAGCUAUGGUUUCAAUCUAUGGGCUACCUGACCCAGAACUUCUUCAAGCUUCGACAUCCACCUUCAUUUCAUGUGAGUAUCUUGGGGAUGCUGGCCUCAAGGUCAUUGAUGUGCAGGCUAUCUGUUCUGUGGUUGCAAUGGUCCCACAUUUCUAUGGUACACAAGGUAGUAUCCGUUUUUUUGCAACUGAGAAGUUUGGCCUCGAGGUUGCAACCCUCUCACAUAACAAUGAUGAAUAUAUGUAUGAUGAUGCUAAUGAUGCUGAUGAUUUAAAUACUGAGUAG